AUGUCCCACCCCCCCCCCCUCUUGCGUGCUGCUCUUACUCUUCACUAUCGGCCAACUUGGGCCAGCAGCCAAAACAAGAGGCACUGGUGCUUUCCGCCAUACGCCGCAGCGGCGCUGGCGCCGGGUAGCCUCCUCGCGCCGGGCUACGUCCUGGUCGCCACCAACCAGGCGGCCAUCGCGCAGAAGGCGACGUCGUUCACGCUGAACUGGAUCAACAUGGGCCUGUACGACGUACCCGGCUGCGCGAACCAGUGCUCCAGCACGGUGGGAUGCCGCUCCUUUGACAUUUAUUUCCAGCGCUCGCCCACGGUCGCGCCGAGCACCGACAACAGCUGCCCCAACCCGCCGUCCCAGUGCCACAUUGUCUGCCUGCUGUAUAAUGGCACCUUCGCCGCGACCGACCUGGUCAACACGGGCGAGUGGAGGGGUCAGUUCCAGGUGGUCAUCGCCGGUUCCAAUCUUUUCAACAAGGUCGGGCCCUAG